AUGGAAACGGGUGCCAUUCUGACUUCUCCUACAUCACCUUCUACUUGGUUAGACAUGUCGAAUGCUAUAAACGAAAUUGAAGGACAACAAUCGCAGCAACAACUAUUGGAUCCUCCUUCACAGUUGACAACCUACUCCAGUGAAUCAGAUUUUACUCAACAAACGCUAACUACAACUUCUUCGAUAAGAACCGUGCCUACUCGGACAUCAGAUUCAAACACAUAUGUUCUGAGUAAAGUUAGUUCAGAGCUAAAAAUGCAGUAUGAUCAAAAGCCUGAAAGUGUCCCUGAUAUAGCGGCCGAAAUGGAGAAAUGGUUUGCUAUGACUGAUAGAUAUGGUUUCUUGGAAGAAAAAGCUUCUUCAACAUCAAACGACAAACAUAAAACAAAAGAAGUGAAAAGGUCAGGAAAAUGGGCAAAAAUGUCAACGAGCCUUAUGCUUCACGAUGAUCAUAUUCACAAAUUCAGUUAUACAUCAAAAUUUAAGAAGAGAGUAUACAAAGGCAUACCAGAUUGUUGGAGACGAGAGGCUUGGUACUUUCUGGUCACGGAUCGCUUGAAAGAUGCCUCAAAAGACCAUCAACUGAAGACUUCCUAUCGAGAACUAUUAUCAAAGAGUAGUAUACACGAACGUCAAAUUGAUCUGGAUAUACCAAGAACGUUACGAGAUCAUAUCAUGUUCAAGCAACGUUACGGAUCAGGCCAACGUGCUUUAUUUAACGUGCUUCGAGCUUUUGCCAAUUAUGAUGAAGAAGUUGGAUAUUGCCAAGGGAUGACAAAUAUUGUAGCCACCAUACUGAUGUAUUGUGAAGAGGAGAGAGCAUUUUUGAUUUUUGUUCAUAUGUUUCUACGCGAUAAAUUACAUAAUCUAUAUAAACCGGGCUUUCCUGCCCUUAUGGAGAGCUUCUACAUCCAAGAUGGUCUACUGAAAAGGUAUCUUCCAAAGCUAUAUCAUCAUUUGACAAGUCUGGGCUUAUCAAGCGAUAUAUAUUCGACAAGAUGGUACAUUACGUUAUUCUCCGGCGGUGUUAUAAAUUAUCACACUUUAAUUCGUAUAUGGGAUGUAUACUAUUUAUGCGGAUUUGACGUCUUCUUUUUCGUAGCCAUAGCAUUACUAAGAGCUUACGAAGCUCGCCUAUUGGCUUCCGAUCUUGAUGGCUGUAUGGAAAUACUAGGAUCAACUUUAUCGGUACCAAAUGAUGACAAGUUUAUGAAAGCAGUUGAGAGUUUAUUCGAAAAGAACACAAGAAAUAAUACAGUAAAUAAACUGCGGCAAGAAUAUAAAUCUCGACAUCGUUAA